CGGACACGAACGAACGCGCCUCCUCCCUCCCUCUUCACCCUCCACCGACGAUGGCUCUGCCGGCUGCCAAGGCGGCGCCGGCGACGCCUUUCUCGUCGCAGCCGCACGGCGGAGGCGUCCUCCUCCGGCGACCUUCGUCACCGCCGCCGCCCGCCGCGGCGCUGCGCCUCGGACCCCUCUUCUGGCCGUGGCAAAAGGUGAAAGUUGGGCCCCUUUCGGUUUCCCCCAUGGGUUUUGGAACAUGGGCAUGGGGCAACCAGCUGCUCUGGGGCUACCAGGAAAGCAUGGAUAGUGAACUGCAGGAGUGUUUCAAUUUGGCUCUGAAGAAUGGCAUAAACCUUUUCGACACCGCCGACUCUUAUGGAACUGGGAAGUUGAAUGGCCAAAGCGAAAGGCUACUCGGCAAAUUUAUCCGCGAGUGCCAAGGGCCAAUAAAGUCUCCAGAUGAUGUGAUUAUCGCAACUAAGUUUGCCGCAUAUCCUUGGCGACUGACGUCAGGCCAGUUUGUCAACGCCUGCAAGUCAUCAUUAGAAAGGUUACAGAUCGAUCGGCUCGGAAUAGGGCAGCUGCAUUGGUCUACUGCUAACUACGCACCUCUGCAGGAGCGCGCUCUCUGGGACGGUCUAGUUGAAAUGUAUGACAAGGGUCUUGUCCGGGCCGUGGGUGUGAGCAAUUACGGGCCGAAGCAGCUUCUGAAGAUCCACAGCUACCUAGCAUCCAGAGGUGUUCCCCUGAGCUCAGCUCAGGUGCAGUUCUCUCUGCUGAGCAUGGGCGAUGAGCAGAUGGAGCUGAAAACCGUGUGCGAUUCCCUGGGUGUUCGGCUAAUCGCUUAUAGCCCUCUUGGGUUGGGCAUGCUCACCGGGAAAUAUGACGCCUCUAACCUUCCAAAUGGGCCAAGAUCUGUGUUGUUCCGGCAGAUUCUUCCUGGGCUGGAAUCCCUGCUGUCUUGCUUGAAGAGUAUUGCCGACCGAAAGGGCAAGACCAUGUCCCAGGUGGCUAUAAACUGGUGCAUUUGCAACGGCGCAAUUCCGAUUCCGGGCGUGAAAACAGUCAGACAUGUGGAGGACAACCUGGGUGCGCUCGGCUGGAGGCUGAGCCCUGAUGAGAUCUCAGAGCUGGAAGCCGCGGCGAUGGAGUGCCCGAAGAAGAUGGUUCAGAACAUAUUUCAGACCGCGUGAGCAAACUGGAAACUGCAGUAACGCCAAUAUUAAACAUGGCAGCAACCUGAAAUAAAGAGCAGAGAGAGAUACCCUUCGAUUUGUGCAGAAAGGAGACAUGUUGCUUUCUCUUCUCUGCCUAGUUCAGAGUUCAGUUCAGAACUUCCGACUUCAGAGUCCCUGACUGGAUAUCUUAGAGCUUUAGCUGAUUGCUGAAACAGCAUUCUGGUGUUGGUAUGGACAGCAACUAGUCACAGUAAA